AUGGAGGAAGAUAGAAUUUCUGAAGAUGUUUUGAAGGCUCUACGUAUAAUUUGGAAAAUUAAUAUUCUGCCAAAAUGGAAGGUUUUCAUGUGGAAACUUAUGUACGGAGGCUUAGCUGUUAAUCAUAACCUGGAAAGGAGAGGCUUUGAUAUUAGCAAUCAUUGUGGCUAUUGUGGGUGUGAGGACGAGUCCUUACAGCAUGUUUUCCAGACUUGUAGUGUGGCUAGAUUGGCAUGGUCAGUUUACCGAAUACAAGUCCACUUGAAUGAUAAUGAAUCCAUAAGCUUUACUACAUGGAUUCAGAGACAUAUCCUGCUCUAUUAUAGCAAGGAUUCAGCAGAGAACACCAAGCUCGAAGCCUUUGUCGCCAUGCUUUGGAGCUUGUGGGUCACUAGGAAUGGAAGGGUUUUUCGAAACCUGGGGGGUCAUGCAAGGUCUGUUUUAAUUCAAACUGAGGAGGAAAUGAAACUCUUGCGAUCAUUCCAACAAGGAUACAGAUGGGAGGGCAUGGGCAAUCAGUCAAAGGACAAGGACCCUUUUCAUCCCCCAGGCUUUCUCUUGGUCAGUUUGGGUAGGAACAAGGAUUUUUUUCCUAACUUUGUUUUGCAGGUUGAUGGCUCGUGGGCAAAGAAAACAAAGAAGGUUGGCUGGGGAUGGGCGUACAAAGAUGGUACGGAAGACAAUAAUUGCUAUAGGGAUGGAGGAGGGAGCUACGGGCGUACUUCUACAGCUUUCCAAGCAGAGGUCAAGGCUUGCCUACACGCUAUGCAAUGGGCAAAGGAGCAGAACAUUAAUGAGGUUAUGCUACUCACAGAUUCCAACAACUUGGUGAUGAACUUGAAGCUUAACAAGGAUGGUAUAGUCGUCCAGACUAUCUGGGAUAUCAACGAAAUCAAGAGACUAGCAGCAACGUUCAACACAUGCAUAAUUCUAAAGGCAGACAGGGAUAGAGUGGGAAGUGCUCAUAAUAUUGCUAACAAGUGCAGGAAGGAAGGGUUGAGUUUUCGUAAUAGAAUAUAG